AUUUUUUUAUAAUACUGUAGUGUUUGAAUUAUGGGGAAAGUUAUACUGAUUGAAGAAACAAUUUGUGGGUGAUGAAGAAAAGUUCUUUUGGGGCGUCGCUUUUGCUGAAUUGGCGUCGGUGAACUUCUCCGGUCGUUAUUUACGCAAUGGCAGAUUGAACAGCUUGCAAAAUUGAUACAGAAGGUUUGAAACCUAUGCGAAAUCACUCAUGUCGCGGCUACUCUUUCGAAAUCUCCCUCUCAAAACUCUACCUUCCGGGAAAUAUCUUAGAUUUUUUCAAACGCUAGAAACCCCAUCAGAUGGAGCACCGGAUUCGUUCAUUGUGGAGAAGAUUCUGUUCAGUUUAAAGCUAGGUAAUCCGAACUCUUUGCGUAAUUAUCGAUUUCAAUUAAACGCGUCAAUCGUAGUUGAGGUUCUUUGGCAUUGCCGCCAGAAUUUGCAAUUGGGUCAAAGAUUUGUUUAUUUCAUUGUGCUUAAUUGCUCAAACUUUAAGCAUUCUAACAUGUCCUUAAGUGCAAUGAUUAACGUUCUUGUGAGAUGUAGAAGGUCAUCAGAUGCACAGGCUUUGGUUCUUAGGAUGGUUAGGAAAAGUGGUGUUUCACGUGUUGAAAUUGUGGAGUCUUUGGUUUCAACAUGUGGGAAUUUCGGGUCUAAUGAUUCAGCUUUUGAUUUGUUAAUUAGGAGUUAUGUGCAAGCUAGAAAGUUAAGAGAAGGAUCAGAGGCAUUUAUGAUUUUGAGAAGAAAAGGUUUUUGUGUUUCCAUUAAUGCUUGUAAUAGUCUUCUUGGUGGGUUAGUGAAGAUUGGAUGGGUUGAUUUGGCUUGGCAAGUGUAUACCGAAGUUGUUAGAGCUGGGGUCGAGUUAAAUGUUUAUACACUAAAUAUUAUGGUUAAUGCUUUGUGUAAAGACAGCAAGAUCAGUAGUGUUAAAUCAUUUUUAUCCGAAAUGAAAGAGAAGGGUGUUCAUUCUGAUAUUGUGACAUACAAUACAAUUAUUAAUGCAUAUUGCCGUGAAGGGCAUUUGGAAGAAGCUUUUGAGUUGAUGAAUUCUAUGUCAAAUAAAGGGUUGAAACCAGGUCUUUUUACUUAUAAUUCGAUCAUGUAUGGCUUGUGUAAGACGGGGGAUCUUGAAAGAGCAAAAUUUAUUUUAGAUGAGAUGGUACAUAGAGGGUUGAAUCCUGAUACUACUACCUAUAAUACAUUGCUUGUCGAGAGUUGUAGGAAGAAUAAAAUUUCAGAAGCUGAAGACAUUUUCAAUGAAAUGUUGCAUCGAGGUGUUAUUCCAGAUUUGGUCAGCUUUAGUUCGCUUAUUGGGGUAGUUUGUAGAAAUGGACAUCUUGAUAAGGCGUUAGUGUAUUUUAAUAAUAUGAAGCGAGCUGGCUUGGUUCCAGAUAAUGUAAUUUAUACUAUUCUUAUAAAUGGGUACUGCAGAAACGGUCUCAUGUCAGAGGCUUUGAAGAUCAGGGAUGAAAUGCUAGAGAAGGGAUGUAAUAUGGAUGUUGUUACCUAUAAUACCAUUUUGAAUGGGCUGUGCAAGUAUAAGAUGCUCACUGAAGCAGACAAUCUAUUGCACGAGAUGACAGAAAGGGGUGUUUUUCCUGAUUUUUGUACUUUCACAACACUCAUUCAUGGACAUUGUAAGGAUGGAAAUAUGAAUAAAGCUUUAAAGUUGUUUGAUGCAAUGACUCAAAGGAAUAUUAAACCCGACAUUGUUGCAUACAACACCUUGAUUGAUGGGUUUUGCAAGGUAGGUGAAAUUGAGAAAGCCAAGGAGCUCUGGGAUGGUAUGAUUUCUAGAAAGAUUCUUCCUAAUCACAUCUCAUAUGGAAUUUUGAUAAAUGCGUUUUGCAGCAAAGGUCAUGUUUCGGUGGCAUUCAGCUUGUGGGAUGAAAUGGUAGGGAAGGGUAUUAAGCCCACUCUUGUGAUUUGUAAUAGUAUCAUAAAGGGCUAUUGUCGAUCAGGUGAUACAUCAAGAGCUGAUGAAUUUCUAUCGAAAAUGAAUUCAGAAGGAAUUCUUCCAGAUGGCAUCACAUAUAACACCCUUAUUAAUGGAUUUGUCAAAGAAGAGAAUAUGUACAAAGCUUUUGUCUGGAUUAACAAGAUGGAGAAUCAAGGCCUUUUGCCUGAUGUUAUUACAUACAAUGUAAUCCUCAAUGGGUUUUGUAGAGAGGGUAGAAUGCAAGAAGCUGAAAUGGUAUUAAGGAAGAUGAUAGAGAAAGGCAUAGAUCCAGAUAGGUCUACAUAUACAUCACUCAUAAAUGGACAUGUUACCCAGGACAACUUAAAGGAGGCAUUUCGGUUUCAUGAUGAAAUGUUGCGAAUGGGAUUUGUGCCCGAUGAUAAAUUUUAAGCACCCUUAGUUGCAGAUCUCUUGAUGAAUUUGUUCUGUGCCAAAUCUAUAUCAAAGCAUGCAGGAGACAUUAGAACAAGGAAGUGAGCCUCUUCAUGCCUUUAAUUCUUUUUCAGCUCUGCUGUCUAUUGACAUUCGUUCUGAAAGUAAAGAGUUUGUGUCAUGGCUGUACAUAAUUUUAUGAACACUUAACCAUCUUUUGGAAUAAUAGUCUCAGAGAUGAAUAGUUAAGAAGCAGGAGGAAGAGGUCCUUGUUUAGUUGAUUUGGGUUUCAUUUUCUUCAUUCUUUGCAACUUGUUACUUCUUAUGUGCCUGCUCUGUUGAAUUCUUUUUCAUGCUCCUCGUUUUACUUUGUUUUGCAGCC